AUGCCUAACGAAAGCGGCAGGCUGGCCGGCAAGGUGGCGAUUGUGACGGGCGCCGGGUCGCGCGGUCCCGGUGUGGGCACAGGCAAGGCGGCAUCCACACUCUUCGCGCGAGAGGGAGCAAGUGUGCUGCUGGUUGACGCCGUGCCGGAGCGCGCUGAGGAUACACAAGCAUCCAUCGAACAGGAGGGCGGCGUGGCGUCCGUGCUGCAAGCCGAUGUUACAUACGAAGCCGACUGCGCGCGCAUAGCCGAGGAGGCCGUUGCCCGCUACGGCAGGCUGGAUAUCCUGUUCAACAAUGUGGGCAUAGGUAGCCCCGGCACCGUGGUGGAUGUGGAGCAGGAAGACUUCGACCGCGUAAUGGCCACCAAUAUUCGCAGCAUGGUCUUCACCAGCAAGUAUGCAGUGCCGCGCAUGGUGGAGUCCGGCGGCGGCUCCAUAAUCAACAUAUCCUCGAUAGCGGGCAUACGAGCCGGCAGCAGCGGCGCGAGCAUCCCAUACGCAAUUUCCAAGGCCGGCGUCAUCGCGCUCACGACGCAGAUGUCCGUGCAUCACGGGCGCGAUGGCGUGCGCGUCAACUGCAUUGCUCCGGGUCCGCUAUACACCCCGAUGGUCGCGGGCAGGCUGUCGGAGGAAGGGCGUGACCUGCGCCGCAGAAGCACUCCGCUCGGCACCGAGGGCAGCGCAUGGGACAUCGCCUGGGCUGCGCUAUUCCUCGCCAGCGACGAAUCUCGCUGGAUUACAGGCGUAACCCUUCCCGUGGACGGCGGCGUCCUCGCCACCACCCCGCUCUCGAUGCUGGAGCAUCUGAAAUAG